UCCUGCAUCAGCUCCGACAACCCAACGCUUCUUUAAAGCAUUUCUGCCUGGCGGUUCCUUGAACGCGAUGGCUGAAAUGACACCUCUUUUUGCACUUUUCGCCCUCAUACCCGUUUUCCUUUCUGCGUUGGUUGUUUAUACGCAUCAGAGAACUCAUGGUACACUUGACAUUACAACGGCCUCUGUGGCGUACGAUCGACAGCAAUAUGGCGAUUUACUCGACUGGGACAAAUACGCAUUGGAAGUUGAAGGCAAGCCGACAAUGAUCUUUUCCGCCGAGUUCCACUAUUGGCGCGUGCCCGACCGCGAACGAUGGCCCACCAUUUUAAAGCAAUACAAGAUCAUGGGCAUGAACGCCAUACGCAUUUAUUUCCACUGGGGCUAUCACUCGUCAGCCGAGGGCGUCUACAACUUUGAAGGCAAUCGUGAUAUUGACUAUUUGCUCAAUAUCUGCGAGGAGCUAGGAUUAUUCGUUUUAGCCGCCCCAGGUCCGUAUAUCUGUGCUGAAGUGCAAGCAGGCGGUUAUCCAUCCUGGCUUAUCGCCAAGCGACACUUACGUAUCCGCCAUAAUGAGUUUAUGUUGUGGCGAACGUAUGACGAAGAGUUUGCCGGAUACGAAAUACAGUGGCUUAACCAUGUGUUGCCAAUUAUUGCCAAGCAUCAGAUUACACUUAACGGCAAGUCCAACAAGAAGGGUUGUGUUCUUGCGCUCCAGCUUGACAAUGAGCUCUUUGAGACCAUGGCUGUCAUAUUGCCGAUCGGUCUGCGCGACCAGAUGCGCGUGCUUGCCAAGGCUGCACGUGAUGCAGGCAUUACCGUCCCAUUAUUCAGCAAUGAUGGUUUCGAGGAGAGCAGCUGGGUGCCGCGCCCCGCUACCACGAAGAAAAAGGAAAAGAGUUUUGGGCUUGAUCUCUACGGCUUUGACAAAUAUGUUGUAUUUGCUCCUACAAGUGCACCCACGAGUUGGUUUUUGGAUACUGGAAACUCCACCGCGAGCUGGAAAGAUUGGAACCCAAAACAAAUGGAAAAGUCAAUCGACCGUCUCGAAAAAACUGUGCGCGCUUUUGGAGGAGGUGCUAAAGAGUCACCCAUGUUUAUCCCUGAGCUACAAGGCGGCUGGUUCAAUCACUAUCAGCUGGAACACACCUACGACAUGAUUUACGAAUUUUACGGUGAUCAAUAUACCAAACUUUUAGUCGAUUCGUGCUUAGCGCAAGGCAUAUCCAUUGUCAGUCUCUAUAUGACAUAUGGCGGAACCAACUGGGGAACAAUUGGAGACCCAGAUGUUUACACGUCAUAUGACUAUUCGGGAUGUAUUCGUGAAUAUGGAUAUUUGUCAAUGCGUGGACGCAACCUGCGCCAGACGAUUCUUUUUGCCCGAUCAUUCGACCCUUACUUUACAAAGACCGAAAAAUUGCAGAAGCGUUCUAUCAAAUCAUCCGCGAAAAAGACAAUCAACACGCAACGCGUCUCUGUAAACCAGGACCAGCCUGUGUUGUUCACAUUCCUACGAAACUAUAACAGAGACCGACAAGAACUUUUUGACCUGACCGUGCAGAAUCCCGAGGGCAAUUUUACCAUGCCAUGCUAUUUACCGUACAAGACAUCGUUCACUGCUGUCGGCGACUACCGUGCCGCUAAUGGUUUGCAUCUUUUGCAAGCAACGAUACCUAUCCAUCUACGUAUGGCCAAUCCGGAAACAAACGAAGAAGUUUGGAUUGUCGAACCCAACCAGUUUGGCGGUUUGGCCUUUGAGCACAGGGAAAUGGAAAUCUCUGGUAACAUGCAAGAAGACGUUUUGCGGCGACACGGUCCUGCUGAUGUUCUCAAGUUUGAAAAGAACGAAGGCUGGAGCAAACUGUCCACCACAACUGGAAACUUAUACCUUGUUGGAUUGACCAAGGCCCAGGUCAGCACAUUGUACGCAGACUUCGAGUCGGUAUACUGGAACGAGGGCAACGGACGAAUGCCCGGAUUAAUUGCUUGGGGUGCAGACGAAAUGUAUUACAACACAAACACUAGACAGCUGGAGAUCAACUAUCGCCGAUCUGACAGCAGUAUUCACAUCGUGUCGUUUGAAAAACCGGCAGAUAGCCGGUUUGCUGCUGUUUCGCGUGGUGUUUACAACAUGCCUCACAUGUACACGAUGGAGUUCCAACACGCUCACCAGAAACUUCCGCUGCCUGUUCAAAUCGCAUUGCGAGACUGGGAAGUACGACCAGUAAAUUUCCAAUCCCUGCCAUGGCAGCCGCUUAAACGACUUACAAAUACCUCGGAGCCAACUUUUGAAGCGCUCGACUACCAUUAUACCAGCGGACACGUACUUUAUCGAACCACAUUUGAAACGCCUGACAGUGGCCGACAAGUCAAGCUCUCGCUUAACAUGCGAAACCGUGCAACUGUCAUGUUGAACGGCCAAAUCAUUGGCGGACACACAACAUACUCGCGACAAUUGUUUUCUCCUGGAGCAAAGAUCGGACCAGACCCGUGGUUUAUGGGCUCUCAAACGUACGAUUUGACGCCGUAUCUGCUGCGCGAUGAUACCGAGUCCGCAUUGAAUGAACUCGUAGUGCUUGUCGACAGCUUUGGUCUCGCUCGCCAGGCGUUCAUCAUGAAUGAUGUCCGCAACCCGCGCGGCAUUAUAAAGGCUAAACUCCAGGGCUUGAGCCAGAAGCACCCGGCCGAGUGGCAAAUCACGGGCGUGGAUGUACGAACCUUGGACAACCAGUACAACUCUUGCGGAUUUCCUGAUGAACGAACUGAAGGGCGAUGGGAACUGCUCGGAUCACGCGUUGAGCAAGAUCGAACGCUAUACCGGAUGUCGCUCAACACCGGCCAAGGUGUACAGUGGGUGCGUUUCCGAUUCGAUGCAUUGACAAAGAGUCGGUCUUCGGACUUCUCUGUGCCCCUGCGACUGCAUAUGGACGGUCCGUUCACUGCUUAUGUGUUCCUUAACGAUGCGAUCAUUGCUCGGUACUACGGCAACGGUGAUAGUCCCCAGCAUGAUUUCUACGUUCCUGAUGGCCUUGUACGACAACGUAACGCAGUGCGCAUGCUCAUGUACAGCUGGGAAGACACUACAGGCGAAAUAUCUAUCAAUGGGUGGCCUAUCAAAAUGGAUAGCGGUAAUUUGAUCUCCAGCAGCGAAACUGACGCAGUCAGUGUCACUGGUAGCACUACAGAGGUCCUCAAUGAAUAUCUGACAUGGAAAGAAAACGUACGAGUCUGAUGGGAAGAGGAGCCAAAAAUUCACUAGUGUAUACCGUUAUGGAGAUUAUAUAUAUGGAUUUUAUUUUUGUACAGUUGUUUUCUUUUUUGAAUGGGAUUUCUUAAAAAUAUACAAAGCUAUCGCCGUUUAUUGACGAACA